UGUUGUUCCUGUCCUGCCUGGCUGUUGCUCAGCAACACGAAGGCGUGUCCACCAGCGAUGAUUUAAGCGGUAGGAAACCCUUGCCUGCUGUCACUUUGUCAGUUCAGUCUGUUCUCUAGUCCAUGCAUGGAAGUGGAAUUGCUAAGGAGACGAGGGAAUCCCCCUAUAGUGUCGCCUCACUCCUGAUGAAUUUGCAUCAACGUUAUUACCAAGCUUGUUUUUUAUCGGUCUCAGUCUGCCUGUUCCAUUCGCUGCGUCCACAAGCAUGGCUUGGAGUGAAGUAUAGCGCCACAUCAUCUCGGACUGUCAACCCGUGAAGAAUACACAACUGAUGCUGUACAACAAACGGUGUAUUUACCAGAAGAAAUUCAUCCGAGGAACCAGGCAACCCACCAAGUGACUUCGACAAUAUGGCAUUGAGCGGGACGCUUUUGCCAUCCAUAUCCACAUUUGCAAGCGGCCCGAAUGUCAAGAAUAAAUCCAUGGGACAUGCGAAUUUAAGAUGGAAGGAGGAUAUCUCCACUGGCAUGACCAAGAAAGAGCCUGAAGAUCUGGACCUGCUAGACUAUGACUUUAUCCUGUCCAACACUAUGCUACAACAGCAGGCUGAGGCCAUGGCAGCAAGCGGGUCCCAGAACCUGUCCCCUUCCCCGGGCUCCUACUCCUCCUACCAGCUCCCCUCUCCCCAGGACUCUGUCCACAGUGACAUGCUGUACACCAUCCCUGACAUCAGCGACGUGUCCCCCUCUGGGGGGUUCGUGGCCGAACUGAUGAGGCCUGAAUUGGACCCAGCAUACCUCCACCCCACCAGCCUCCAUGGCAAGUUUGUGGUGAAGACCACCAUGGAUAUGGCAGAAUACGGCCAAAGCAUUAAUGUGAUUAGUAAGGCCGGUGUUGGUGUCAGUGCUGCCACGGACCCCUCCUCCUUGCCUUUUGUUUGUCAUAUGAUAAAGCAGGAGAACCCCAGCAUGUGCAACAUCACCCAACCCAUGGAUCUCCACCUUGGGGGGGUGAACUCACACUCCCAGCCCAGAACUGGACAGAGGCCUCACCUCGACCCCCACGGUUUCUCCCCAGGGGGGUGUCCUAUGACAGCCAGCCGGUCAGCUUCAUCUCUGUCUCCAGACCACCACCCUUCCAGCCAGGUGUUAUCCCACCCCCAGAUCCCUCUGCCUGGCCAGGGCUACCACCACAGCUCUCCGACAAGCUAUUCGCCCUUCCCUCAACAGCCUGGGUCUCUACGGUACCAAGAGCUCAUGUCCCCGGGCGGGGACUGUCUACCGGAGGAGCCCAAACCCAAACGUGGCCGGCGCUCCUGGCCCAGGAAGAGAAUCGCAACACACACGUGUGACUACGCCGGCUGUGGGAAAACGUACACCAAGAGCUCCCACCUCAAAGCACAUCACCGAACGCACACAGGAGAGAAGCCUUAUUGCUGUGACUGGGAGGGCUGCGGCUGGAAGUUUGCCCGUUCAGACGAGCUCACACGGCACUACAGGAAACACACAGGGCAUCGCCCCUUCCAGUGUGCCAAGUGUGACAGGGCCUUCUCAAGGUCUGACCACCUGGCUCUACACAUGAAGAGACACCUAUGAGACACUCACUGGACACCAUGGACCAAUACUAAAAUACUAUAAAUAUUAUUAAACAGCGACCUGAACUUGUGACUUACAAAUAAACAUUGCCUUCUAGCCAUCCAUUGUCAAAGCACCAAUACAAGCUAUGUGUUUCCUGGUAGUGUUACACUCUCAAGGGUCCAACCCUAUGACUAAAGACUGUUCUUUGUCCAUCUAUGGGCUUGUGAUCUGACAUUUGACAAGACCCCUCAGAACAACCUCUUUUGUGGGACAAAACUGGAAUUGCUCAUCUAUUUAUCGACAAAACCUGGAGGACUAGGUGCCAACGUAUGACUGGAAAUGUAUUAGCAGAGAGUUACAGGGACAGCCCUAGCCACUAAGCGACCACCGGUUUUUUUUUUAUUGUCUGAAGAUUAUGAUCAUUUUUCCUAAAAUGUAAAUUGCCUUUCACAUACUAAUGGGGGAGGAAUCAGAAAGAUCACAUACUAAUGGGGGAGGAAUCAGAAAGAUCACAUACUAAUGGGGGAGGAAUCAGAAAGAUCACAUACUAAUGGGGGAGGAAUCAGAAAGAUCACAUACUAAUGGGGGAGGAAUCAGAAAGAUCACAUACUAAUGGGGGAGGAAUCAGAAAGAUCACAUACUAAUGGGGGAGGAAUCAGAAAGAUCACAUACUAAUGGGGGAGGAAUCAGAAAGAUCACAUACUAAUGGGGAGGAAUCAGAAAGAUCACAUACUAACGGGGAGGAAUCAGAAAGAUCACAUACUAACGGGGGAGGAAUCAGAAAGAUCACAUACUAACGGGGGAGGAAUCAGAAAGAUCACAUACUAACGGGGGAGGAAUCAGAAAGAUCACAUACUAACGGGGGAGGAAUCAGAAAGAUCACAUACUAACGGGGGAGGAAUCAGAAAGAUCACAUACUAACGGGGGAGGAAUCAGAAAGAUCACAUACUAACGGGGGAGGAAUCAGAAAGAUCACAUACUAACGGGGGAGGAAUCAGAAAGAUCACAUACUAACGGGGGAGGAAUCAGAAAGAUCACUACUGGAAUUAUUUGCAUUAUAAGUCAAAACUUUCUCAGAGCAAGCUCAACUUGCCCGACUGCUAUAAAUGCCAUACAUUAUCUGUCUUUCAGUAAAAUAAUGGGGAGGAACCUGAAAGAUCAGUUUCAGGCUACUGGAAGUCUUAGCAGUUUGGUUGUUUUCACUGCAAUAAUGGGUCAACCUCAGAGCAGGCUCAACUUGCGCGACUGUUCAGUUCACUUGACCCUGGCACUUAAUGUCAUUCCCUGUAUCGGUUAUCAGGGAAACAAGAACCUCGGACAGAACACAGACGGAACACUUCCUAAGAGGCCUUCUCCAUUCAAUCAGAAACAGUCCAUUUUGUAUUUGUGAAGUUCAUACUGUUCAACAUACUGUAUUAGACAUUUAUAUUUAUAAUACUCUACUCUUCCAAGCCAUUGACUUCAGGUACACUUUAAAUGUAUAUGUUACAGGAUGGUGCUCCAAGACUUUACUAUGUUAAAAGGUACCAAAGAAUUUGAAAAAGAAAACCGCUGAGAGUAUAAAAGUGUGGUCUUGUCUGUGAGUUUCCUGGAGAUCUCUUUUCUUCCACAAUUUGACUUUAAUCAGGUGAAUUACUUUGCUCCUCAUUGGUGAUGGCAAUCUCUCAACGCGCUGUGGUCGCAAAGUGCAAUAAUGUUAUAUGAGACAUUCAUAUUAUUUUUUUAAAGAAAUGAGUAACUCUGAACAAAGUUUUUUUUGUUUAUAGACAAAAUAUGUUAUAUAAUCUUGAAUGUUGUACAUUUGUAAAUAAAAUGCUUUAAAAUGUUUUGUAUUGUCUUUUACAACAUAAAGAAUAAAAUAUAUUUGAAAUGAA